GCAGGCUCGCCCCCAGGCCCGGGGACCGUACUCAACGCAGCAGAUGUGACUUAGGCCGCCCAGCAGGGAUUUUUGUCCUCUCAGGGACCAGGAGGUCAAAUGGAGACAUCACCUGUUAGCGCAAUGAAAGAGAAGGAUACCGCUCAACCCCGGCAGCGGGAAGAGAACGCCCAGCGAAACCUAGAUGCAACCGUCCAGUUUAGGCAGCAACCCCCAGUUCCCACCCCUGAAGCCCUGGAACUGGGAGUGAGACCGGAUCCAGCCAGUCGGAUUGCAGAGACUCCUCAAAAGGUUGAACACUCGGAGGCUGGGCUUGAAGGUGACACUGACCAACUUCAUGUCUCCACCAAUGAGACAGCAGAGCGUCCCCAAGCUUGUGAUCUUUGGUACUGCCCUGAUGGGAGUUUUGUAAAGAAGAUUGUAGUCCGUGGCCAUGGCUUAGACAAACCCAAACUAGGGUCCCGGUGCCGAGUGUUGGCUUUGGGGUUUCCUUUUGGAUCUGGGAUGCCAGAGGGCUGGACAGAACUAACUAUAGGCAUAGGGCAAUGGAGGGAAAAAACUUGGGGGGAACUCACAGAAAAGUGCCUGGAAUCCAUGUGUCAAGGCGAAGAAGCCGAGAUCCAUCUUCCCGGAUCAUCUGCACCUCUUGCCAAUCUCAGACUGGAUUCAUUUACUAAAGGUCGGGAUUCCUGGGAGUUGGCGGCUAUGGAGAAGGAGGCCCUGGCCAAGGAAGAACACAUGAGGGGCACAGAACUGUUUCGAGCUGGGGACCCUAAAGGGGCUGCCCGAUGCUAUGGAGGGGCUCUCCGACUGCUGCUGACCUUACCCCCACCUGGACCCCCAGAACAAACUAUCCUUUAUGCCAAUCUGGCUGCCUGCCAGUUGCUGCUAGGGCAGCCCCAGUUGGCGGCCCAGAGCUGUGACCGAGUGCUGGAGCGGGAGCCGGGCCAUUUAAAAGCCUUAUACCGAAGAGGGGUUGCUCAGGCUGCCCUUGGGAACUUGGAGAAAGCAACUGCUGACCUCAAGAAAGUGCUAGCAGCAGAUCCUCAAAACCGUGCCGCCCAAGAGGAACUGGGGAAAGUGGUCAUUGAGGGAAAGAAACAGGAUGCAGGGCUGGCGCGGGGUCUGCGCAAGAUGUUCUGUUGAUUAAAAAGUUAAACUUUUAAAAGAGA